ACGGGAGGUGAAAAAACUUUCAACCAGUUGCGAAAAAGUUAAUAUUAUCCCCGAAAAGUGUCCCGAUCCGGACUGUAACUGCUCGCAAAGGGAAGCCCGCGUGCUUCUGCACCCGCGGAGUGUUGAAUCCUUCGCCGGGCGAUGGAAUCCGGCCGGAAAAGUGCAUUUUUCCUUUCUGCUGUAUAGAGAGAAAAUAAUAGUUUCCAUCUUUUCUUCAUACACCACCGCGCACCAAACCUACCACCUUACCAUCCGUCGUCAUCGUCGUCGUCGUCGAACCAGUGAAAAUAACAAGCAUUCGGUGUGUUCAGGGAAAGAAGAGAAAAGUGCUGUGUUUGGGUAGUGAAUUAGAUUCUUUGUGUUUCAUCUCUCGGGGAUUGAAACGAUGAGUGGUUUCGGAACGUCUGGCAGUACAGAGUUGCACUUCCGGGCGCUCCCCUAUCUGGACAAGAAGUGGAUUAAGGCGGACGUGAGUUCGGCGUUGAGAUGUUCGGAGGAUUUGGCCAAUCUGUGGAAUCAUCUGGUUCAAGAUGAGGAAGUAGUCGCCAGCAAGCCGCAGACGUCGGUCAAUUCCUGCGGCGAUGUGGCGUACGCCCGGCCGGACGGAAAGUACUACUGCGGAGUGCAGGCGUUAAGUUGUGCCUGCUGUAAGGGAGUUUGCAGUGCGACUUCGAGCUGCUGCUGUGCCGCCUGUCAGCUGCUGGAAGUGGAGGAAGGACCGGUGAAGAAAUCUUCCGGUUCGAGUGGCGCUCAGCAGCAGCAGAACCAGAACCAGAACGAUGGUAGCUGUUCGGGAACUAUUUUGGACUCGUGGCUGUGGAGCCCCAUACCAAGUGUGGAAGAGAAACGCGCGUGCAGCAGAAAGCUUAUUGCGGAACAAAGGGAGAUAUGCCUUCAGUCAGCGGCGAAUUGCUUGUCGGCCACGCGCACCAAGCAGCUACUGUACGUCUAUCGGAGAUAUUUCGUUGCCUUGCAGCGAUGCAAGUUGGAAGAGAAAGCCCUAACAGCCGGCAUGGAUGAUGGACGGUCGGGAAUUAGCCAGGACAUGGUGGCCAGCGAGAUUCACGAUGCAACCAAGUUGAGCAAAAAUCCCAGUUUUGAUCGGACCCCUUUGAAGGAUUGUGACAAAGCAACAUUCGGAUUGGCUCGCGUUGGAACCCGUGCUGCGCUGAAUUUCUCGUUCGCCUUUCUUCGACGGGCAUGGCGCUCUGGUGAAGAUGUUGAACUGUGCUCGGAACUUCUGUCGGAAGCGUUGGAAGCACUCCAGACCCUCCCGGAAGCAUCGCUCUUCGACACAUCGCAAAUGUCUUCACUGUGGAUCGAGGUUGUCGAAAAGUCCAUCAAAUUCCUGAGGCAGGUUGUGCUAGGAGAUGUCAUGGGUGGUCGCUGUUUGGUCCCGAAAGCGGAUCGCCACAUUGCAUUGAAUCUCUUACUGGAAUUGGGUGCCCAGAAGGGCACCCUCGGAGGAUCGCUCGAAGGCAUCUCCCUUCUGCUAACUCUGCACGAAAAAGAUCAGGAAAGUGACGACAAUCGAAGUCCACCACAGAAUGCGGGAGCGCCGCUGGUAUCGCUUCUCAAGCGCUACGAACAGAUCGACAGCUUCGGAUCGUACAGCACAGCCGAUUCGUUCCACUUUGGACCGACGGAAUCGUUUCUGCGGUUCCUAACCCUUCCGGAAAAUGAAACGACCAACGUGGAUCUCAAGCAGGCAGCCGUCAUCAUCAUCAGUCAUUUGGAUCGGCUCGCGAAGCCACACCUUCCGGCAGGAAACUACUCGACCAAAGUUAACAAAUCCAACGCGCAGAAGAUUUUUACCUUGGGAUGGAGUUCCUGCUCACCGGAAAUGUACGGAUUCACGUCCGAGGCGAGCAAUGGGACUACGCAGCUGCUGGGUUCGGUUCCGAGGUAUUCGGCUGCGACGAUAGACCUCCCAGCGACGUUACAGGUUCGGCAGGUGGUCUGCACCGAGAAUAGUAUCUACAUUCUGACCAACAGCGGUCAGGUGUUCUCGCUGCAUUCGAACUGUUCGGAGAACAUUGCUCCGAAGGCAUUCGAAGGACUCGAAGGGGUCAAUGUGAUUCAGAUUGCGGCUCACUGCGAGGGACGACAUGUCAUGGUGCUGAGUUCGGCAAACGAGGUGUGGUCCUGGGGAGCGGGAGACGGUGGCCGCUUGGGACAUGGCGAUACAGUGUCGAAGGAAGUUCCGGCCAAGAUUGUCGGGCUGCUGGAGAAGCAGGUUUGCGGCAUCUUCUGUGGAGCAUCGUACAGCGCGGUAAUUACUACGACCGGGGAGUUGUUUACUUGGGGCAAAGGAACCUACGGUAGGCUAGGACACGGCAAUUCGGAUGAUAAGUUUGUCCCCACGCAAGUUCAAGCCCUGAAGUCGUACAAAGUGGUCGAUGUUGCACUCGGAAGUGGUGAUGCCCAUUCCAUGUGCGUAACGGAUAGUGGGCUGCUGUUUGCGUGGGGUGAUGGAGAUUUCGGAAAGCUUGGAAACAGUUCCUGUAACGGAUCGCCUAUUCCGGUACAGAUCGAUACGGUCGCGAAUGUGGCGCGGAUCUAUUCCGGAUCGCAAUUCAGUGUGGCGCUCAGCUUCGACGGAACUCUGUACAGCUGGGGAAAGGGUCACGGUGGACGGUUGGGUCACGGAAAUUCUGAACAUUCCAACGUUCCAAAGUUGAUUCGGGCUCUGGAGGGAAAGAAGAUCGUUGAUGUCGCCGUUGGAUCCGCUCACUGCCUGGCCUUGACGAGCAGCGGAGAACUGUACGGUUGGGGUCGCAACGACUACCAGCAGAUCUGCCCGUCAGGAGUCUCUCGGGAUCCCAUCAUCCAAAGUCCAAUCUUAACGACGCCACCCACCCUGAGAAUAUCCGGCAUGACCUGCGGUGCCGCUCAAAGUAUCGUUUGGUGCCACUCCUCAACGCUUGGAGUCGCUUCCAAGAUCCCGUUCGUAGUAGAUCUCAGUGAACACACAUUCCGAAUGCUGGACCAGCUACUAUGCAUGGUCUGCAACACCCCCGGAGAUGUCCGUCACCCACCAAGCCAGGAAGCGGAAUGCAUAGCCGUAGCAUCGCUCAACCUUCUGCGCCUGCAACUGCAUGCCAUGAUUGUCAACAACGUUUCCGCUCGGCAAGUCGGCCUUGUCGAAGGAUCCCGAUUACUUGCUAGCCUAAAAUCUCGCAUUCUCAACCUUGCCGGUGGCCCUGUCGUUCUGAAAACCAUGCAGGAAGCUGCUCAAUGGACUCUCCAGGUCGGUUGGUCCAUUCUUCUCCCGACCGCUUCGGAACGUGCUCAAACACUUACCUCGCUUCUCCCGGCCGGUCACGAUACGACCAUCACCAGCAACAGUUCCGGCCAUCGCUUUAUGACUGAUCUUCUCGUUGGGUCCUUAAUGGCCGAAGGAGGCCUUCAAACAGCCCUGAAUCAAGCGAUCAACGCUCAACGCUCACAAGACUGCACCUCCACCGGAACCCAUCUGUCCCUGUUGCAUUUACUGAAACAAUUGCUACGAAACAAUUCCAGCCUAACGCAGGCCCGACUGGGUCAACUCAUGCUCGGGCCAUAUCUCAAGACUGAGGAAGGCUUUUCUUCCCCGGAACCACCCUCGCCCAGUCUCGAUCUGCUGCACAAGUUUCAACGGCUGCUCCUGUCCUACAUCUACCAAUCCAAAGUGGACGAUCUCAGCGGUGCCGAAGCCCUUCUGGAUACCUACAUCCAACAGGUGGUCGGUGCAUGCGUAACCACCUUGAACAAAGCCCAUGAAACUAUCCUCCAGGGUAAGGACGGUGUUGCCGAAAUCCUAAAGAACGACAUCUCCGACGCUCUGCUCUACGAACUUUUGAUCGGUCUAGUCCUGAUCCAAAAGGAAAAAUCCCUCUUCCUGUCAUCGUUCGAUUGGAACAAGCACUUCAUCGGACUUCUGCACGCCCUGGACAAUUUCAACAGGCUCACCCACGAAGGCGAAGUGCACGACUCCGAUGACAUGGGAUGGCCGGGAAUCAUCUGCCGUGGUACCGCUAAAGCUGCUCCUGUUCAGGAGGAGACCCUCCUAAUCCGCAGAAGCGACAUCGAGAACCACUGCUCGGACGGAGGCAAUUGGGUCAUCAUCAAUGGCAACGUGUACGACGUCAAGGACUACCAAGCGGAAAACGCAACAACACAGGAAAUUCUCCACGCAAACGCCGGAAAGGACAUUUCCCUAGAGAUCAGCAAUCCCCAGCAUAGGACUGCCUUCGAAUUCAUCACUUCGUUCCUACGGGUGGGACGCUUCGCAGUCAACGAAAUCUGCGACAAGGACAGCCCCCGACAAAUGACCACUCUAACCCAUUUCCACUCGGAAUGCAUGCUGGCCUACCUGCUUGGACUGCGAAGCAACAUCCUCCAGGCGGGAUCCGCUCUUCAACCGGCGGAAAUCCAAUGCAAGAACCUUCUCAAUUCCACCAUUCUCAGCGGAGGACUCCAAGUUCUUCAACCGAGCAAUCCCUUCGACGAGGAGAAAGGUGAAGCCCGAAGCAGUGGUUCCACGGCCGGCAGCACCCCGACAGAUGCGUCCAGUCAGAUUCCCAUUGCCGACGUCCCACAGAUGGCCAAUUGGCCAUCGGUAUUGAUUUCGCACCGGGUGGAGACAAUGCUUGCCAACUUGGGCGAAGCGAAACUUACGGAUCCGCUGGUCGCGUCGUGGAUUGCCAUAUGCGAGAAGUACUGUAAAGAGAAUCAUCUCAUCUGGCACCAGGAGUUCCCACCGGAACAUCCCGUAAUGGAACUGGAGCGACUGCUGAUGGGAGUGCUCAUUAGGCACCAGAACCUGGGACCGCUGGCGUUGGCCGUUGUCGAUAGAGAACUCAGCGGCAACUGCUCCAAGCCUCCGGCACCGAUAGUCAACAUCAUCAAAAUAGUCCAUCAAACCAAGUGGGGCAUCGUCAAGAUGCGUCAACAGCUGAACCGCAGCUACAAGGAAGUGUGCGCUCCCAUGAUCGACAAGUGUCGCUUUCUGCUGUACGAAAUCCGCCCGGCCAUCAGUCUGGAGCAGCAUGGCCUCAGCAACCUUCACAUUCUGCACAAGCUACCCCGCUUCAAGGCCCUGGUCCGACGGAUUAUCACCGACAUGCGCGCGGCCAAGAAGCAGCUCGCAUGCGCCAAACCGGAGGACAUACUGAACGUGACCAUCCAGAGUCAGUUCACGUCCUCGAUCACCAAGAUCCAAUCGCAGGAAAAUCUCAGCUGCAAGAAUCUCUCAUCCACGGAGAAUCUAGUCAACGAAAGUCUCAUCAAGGUGGAAAGUUUAGAGAGUUUGACGACAGCUGUGGCACGGGAUCGGUGCUCAUCGCCAGUGGUUCUGGCCGUCCAGAAGCAUGCUGCUUCCGAUGAAAAUCUCCUAAGUGCGGUCAAUACGGAGAACGUCGUGACAAACGGGCUCGUCGUCGUUGGUGGGGGAGGAGGAGAUGCUGGAGAUAAGAAGAUUCCGAUUUCCAGUGAAGAGAUCAAGACGCCUACGAAUGAACUUAUCGACUAUAACAACUCGAAGAUGAAAAAUCCGGACGGCGGCGAUGAGUUUAUCAACAACGUGAUUGCCAGCUUGAGUGAGAAGUGUCUGAUCGAAUCGUAUCCGACCGAGUUCAAGAACGGCAUCAGUCAGCAAAUUGUGGAUUUCAUACUGUACGACCUGUGCGACGUGGAAACAUUGAGACGUGCAAUGUACUGCCAGAUUCAGCGCUAUCAGAUUCGCAAACAGGGUCUGUCGAUGCUUUAUGAACUGCUGAAAAUCGUAGGUCUGUUCGAUGCUGCGCAGUAUAACCUGUUCAACGGAUAUCUAGGCAUGCACGUGGCCAAAGGAGAAACGCAAAAUGCGGAGCACAUUCUGGAGAAUCUGAACAUGAUCACCGCUUUUCAGAAGGCGGACAUUCUGAUCGCGCAGGCGAAGAUCAUCGAGUGGGCGGUCGCCGAGCUGCAAAAGUAUGUCAAUCAGGAGAAAAUCAACGGACGGCAUCGCAAUCACGGCGAGAAGGACAAUUCCAACCUGGGAACGUACGUGUUUCUGAAAAAAUUGCCGCGGGCACGAUUCCUGUUGAGCAUUUUCGGCAUACUAUCCACGACGUAUGAAGCCAAUGAGUUGAGUUUGCUGAUCAAUUCCGGCAUUCUGGGAAGUAUUAUGGGUCUGUUGAGACAGACUGGAGCGGAUCUACCGAACAGCAAGAACAAUACGGAUAUUUCCGUCAUCUACGAGGACGUGGUAACGAAUCUCAAAUCAUCAAAGGAAGGUCUGCCUGGGCCGGAGCUGGCCAAAUUAAUGAAGAUCGGAACGAGGAUUGCCCGUGGAGCGGACUGGAAGUGGGGAGAACAGGAUGGUCCCGGUGGGGAAGGAAGAAUCAUCAGCGAAAUCGGAGAAGAUGGCUGGGUCCGUGUCGAGUGGGACAACGGCUCGACCAACUCCUACCGCAUGGGUAAGGAAGGUCAGUACGACCUUCGGCUGGCGGACAGUGCCCUGAAAGCCCUCUCGCCGGAUAAGGACAGCGAAAAGGAGGACUUCAUCGAUCAUCACCUGUACAGCGAAUCUCAUCCCACCAAGCUGCUGCGUAACGUAUGUAUCAAAACCCUUCAGAUGAUAUUCGCUUCCGUUGGCAUUCACGCCGAUAGAAUGCAGGAAAAUUCACUACGAAGCGUAGCUUCUAUGUUCCGAGCGAUCUUGACCAACCGAAUUACGUACUACAACUUUGGCAUGGAACAGUGGACGACGAUCGGGUUCCUCCGGGCAAUUUCCUCCUCAAAAGCACUAUCGAAACAUUUAACUUCGCCGGUUUGGGUUGAUCUUGCAUUCGAAAUUCUAAACUCUGCGAUCACUUGCAAAAAGGAUGUCUACAAGAAACUUCACUGCUUAAGGCUGCUUCAAUCUACCUUGAUCAAUUGGACUAACGAGGAAGCAGAUCGGGUCGAUGACAUAAUUUUCAAACUAUUUGAAGUUCUUGGAACGAUCACGUUGUACUGUCCGAAUGAUCUAUCUCUGUUGAAUAAUUCGGCGGAUAUCAAGUCCAGAGUGUUGUACAGUGCGUCCCAUACGGGAACGAUCGCUGAAGAAAUCAUUGUACUGAUCAGAAAGCUGCAUACCCUCCCACUGUGGAAUGAAAAUAUCAAUUCAUUCAUUGCGCAAAAACUCUGUCUGGUAGCUGAUGUGCUGCUCGUGAGCGAAUUGGACAUCAACUUCGAAGGCGAGAAGGCCUCUAUCAUGGGAACACUCUGCACGAUCGGUGGUUGCGAUUCAAGACCAAGGUUAGGUCUAAAUCUAACUCUCGAUGGAGUUCGCGGUACGAUUUCGAGAAUGACCAAGAAGGGAAAGGUGGUCAUGAAUGUCCACGCGUUGGCCGAAACCAAAAAGAUACCGAUCUUCAAGGUCUCCGAAUGCGCCGAUAUAGGAGCCUUCAGUUUGUCCAAGUUGACCAUCAAUGAGAUGCUGCUCAACUCGUGGGCUGUCCUGUUCUAUGGAAUAGGCCAAACACCGAUGAACGUUGUCAACAAUAUCAGUACACAUUUACUGCAAACGCAGCAGAUCAACUUCUCUGCCUUGAAGGCAACCAAGGUUCUAUUCCGUCAUCAAAACCUACUUCGGAAAAUUCUGCGCCAAAGAUCACCGGGUAUCACUCGAAGCUGUUCCAAGGAUAGCGUCUCCGACCGGGACACCAGCCCAGAGGAGGGAAAGACCCGCAGUGAAUCCAACACCUCAGACGAAUCGCAAACCUUCACGGAGCUGUUGAUCCAGACGAUCCUACUGAGGGCUACACAACCCAGCCCACUGAAAGCAUGCUACUCUUUCCUGGAGAUGGAACUAGCUGCGCUCAACAUCUCCCAAAUGCUAGCAAGUCACGUUCAUAAUGAACUCAACGCCCCAUCAAACUCCAACAAACGAGCAUUCCCGAUCAGUCAACCGACGAUGAUCCACGGAGUUCCGAUCUACAACAACGAAUCGGCCCUGGAGGACGCUCAGACUCCGUCCGGAGCGGAGGCCGUUACUGGUGCGUCGUCUGGCGGAGCUGGUCGUGGAACAGCGAGACGCAGUCCUCCAAGUCCACUGGUGGCGCAGAUCAUGGAAAUGGGAUUCACCCGCAAGUCGGUGGAAACGGCGAUCAAAAGUUUGACGUUGCACACCAACAACAAACCCACAGCAGAGCAGGUCGUUCAAUGGAUUCUGGAACAUCCGGAUGUGACGGCGAACUUGGGCGGAAAAGGCGAUGAUAAUGACGCCUACAGCGAUACGGAAAGCGCCAGCUCGGAUACCAUGGAUGGUGGAUCUUCGAUGCAUGAUUCACAGCAUGUCGCAUUCAAGAUGCGGGAAGACUUCAAAUCUACUGAUCAGUAUGCUAUGUAUGUGAGAGGGUUGAUCUGUCCCGGGAUGUUGGUUCGCUGCUGUCAAGAUUUCGAGGAGAUUCGAAAGGGAGACAUCGGUACGGUGUUGAAGGUCGAACCGGAAGGGUUGCACGAUCUGAACGUCAGGAUUGACUGGCAAAUGCAUGAUCGACCGUACUGGAUGUGUUUCGUUCAUUUGGAACUGCUGGAAGCUCCACCCUCGGAAAAUAGUACCACGAUCAGCGUUGGAUCGCAAGUUAGAAUUCGAAAUACGCAACAUUUUCGUUACCGGUUGAAUACGAUCCCGAGAGGUAGUAUAGGAACAGUAACUUCGGUCAACGGGAGUGAGGUUACCGCUGAGUUUCCUCAGCAAACCCUAUGGAAUGGUCAUCUGAACGAGCUGGAGUUGAUCUCAAAUCCCCUGCAUGUGGGAAGUUCCGGGACGGGUGGGAUCUAUGAUAUCAUAGAUGAUUGGUCCCGCUGUAUCCGGUCUUUGACCGUUUCCUCGAAUGAAUCGUCGGCCAAGUACCUCUUGGAUAGAAGUACCAACUUCUGGCAGAGUUCAAACACCCAAGGUAAGCACUGGAUUCGACUGGAGAUACACGACCAAGUCUUCAUCCAAACCCUGUCGAUCAACGUCGAUCCGGAUGAUUAUUCGCAUAUGCCCUCGCUGGUCGUGAUCAAGGGUGGUGACUCGAUGGCUUCGCUCAAGGAACUCCAUUGGGUUUCGAUCAAUCCGACGGAUGUGGUGGUUCCUCUGUUGAACGAAUGCAAGCAGUACUACGCAUGGGUUGAGAUCCUGGUCAAGCAGUGUCGCAACAACGGUAUCCAGUGCAAAGUACAUGGAAUCAACAUCAUUGGCAAGAGGAAGCAAACCGAUCUGGAGAUGAUGCUGCAGAAUGCUUCAUUCCUAGCGACUGAGAACGAUACUGCUGCCGAACCAACGUACUCGACCUCGUCGAACUACACCGAUGAUCAGUCGUCGAAUGAAGUGUCUUCCAAAGUUUUGGUUUGGGGCUUGAAUGACAAAGAACAGUUGGGAGGUCUCAAGGGAUCCAAGGUGAAGCUUCCGACGUAUUCCUCGGUGCUGAGUCAACUGAAGCCGAUCCACAUUGCCGGAGGAUCCAAGUCCCUGUUCAUCGUGUCCCAAGAUGGUAAGUUGUACGCGUGCGGAGAAGGAACCAACGGUAGACUGGGAUUGGGCCAUAACAAUAAUGUACCUACCCCAAGACAAGUGCCGAUCCUGAAUCAGUACGUCGUGAAGAAAGUGGCCGUUCAUUCUGGAGGAAAACACGCUAUGGCGUUGACGUUAGACGGGAAGGUAUUCUCGUGGGGUGAAGGAGAAGAUGGUAAACUAGGCCACGGCAAUCGACUGACCCUGGAGAAACCAAAGCUCGUCGAGAGUCUGCGAACUAAGAGGGUCCGUGACAUUGCAUGUGGAUCGAGUCACAGUGCAGCAAUCACUAGUUCGGGAGAGCUGUACACCUGGGGAUUGGGCGAAUACGGUCGCCUAGGUCACGGAGACAACUGCACCCAAUUGAAGCCGAAGCUCGUGGCCACUCUUCAAGGACAUCGCGUCAUACAGGUAGCUUGCGGAAGUCGUGAUGCACAGACACUUUGUCUGACGGAAGAAGGGCUAGUGUUCUCCUGGGGUGAUGGAGACUUCGGAAAACUGGGACGUGGAGGGUCUGAGGGAUGUUCAGUGCCCCAUCAAGUGGAGCGUUUGAAUGGCGUUGGAGUGAUGCAGAUUGAGUGUGGAGCUCAGUUCAGCUUAGCCUUGACCAAGUCCGGUGAGGUGUGGACUUGGGGUAAAGGCGAUUACUAUCGAUUGGGUCACGGUACUGAUCAGCAUGUGAGAAAGCCUACUCCCAUCCAAGGACUACGCGGGAAGAAGGUUAUCCACGUGGCAGUUGGAGCGCUACACUGCCUUGCAGUUACCGACAGUGGCCAGGUCUACGCUUGGGGAGACAACGACCAUGGUCAACAGGGUUCAGGAAACACAGUCGUCAAUAAGAAGCCAAACUUGGUCUUGGGAUUGGAUGGAGUGUUCGUCAAUCGUGUCGCCUGUGGAAGUUCGCACUCGGUAGCGUGGAGUCUGCCGCAGAAUCCAUCGGAAAAGGACAAGAAGGAACCAGUUCCAUUCGCGGUCAGCAAAGAUCCUUUGGGCAGCCACAGCUUGGGAAUUCACGCUUCCGAUACGGAACCGACGACGGCUCAUCCGCAGGUUGGAGUUGCUAACGCCAAACAGCAAAGACCUUCGCUUUCCGAAAGCGUUCUAUCGCUGGAUACGUAUGGCGCCCGACAAGCUGCUCUGUCCCAUAUACUGAACGCGAUGGGUAUUCUACAGGCUAGAUCCUGUAUCAUUGCCGCACUGACGUGCCAUUCACAGCUGACCGCGCAUGACAAGAACCUCGGGGUAUUUAACGAGACUCGUCCCAUUACUCCGGUGUCCGAAAAUGAUCUGAAUGAGUCCAAAGGCGACGGUGAAGCGGUAAACCAGCAGAAUGAGGUAAUCGCUCAAGGUGGAGGCGAAGGUCCGGCCGAUGCUUCUGGAUUAACGACAAACGAAAUCAACGAUUGCGAUAUCCCGAUCGUAUCCGGAAUGAACAAUGCGUUGAGUGCGUAUCGCAGCCUGACGGGUUCGUUGUCGCUGUCAGCAUCGAUUUCCAGCUGCAAUGCUACGCAACGACACUCUAAGAUGUCCGCAAGCGCAAUGUCUGUCAUGGCAGCUACCAUGACCCAUAAUGAUGAGAUGAUGAACGAGGCCCCGGUCAUCAGCGGAUUGGACGACUUCACUGCACUUUUGGGCGAAUCGGAAGCAAAGCAUCUUAUCGAGCUGCUCAAGUUGAGCGUUUCCGGUCGUACAGGCCCGGCGAACACUUCGGAAACCAUUGCCAGCACGUUGAUCGCGUUGGCCAAAGGCACUACGACGAUCGCCAACAUGUUGAUCGAAACUUGCAUAACUGAGCUGGAAGAUUUGUGCACCUCGCGACACUCGCUCGGCAAACUGCCGAAACCGGUUGUCCAGGAGACUAGUCAUCCAUACAUUGACGACAUCACGCUUGUUGGUCACGUGAAGAUUCCCGGUGCGGAAGCUCUACGUAUCGAAUUCGACAGUCAAUGUUCGACGGAACGUCGCAACGACCCACUGAUCAUCAUAGACGGUUCCGGGCGAAUAGUGGCCACCCGAUCCGGCCGAGAAUGGGCUCAAUGGGCUCCGGAAAUUCGAAUUGCCGGUGAUGAAAUGCGCUGGAAGUUUACCAGCGAUAACUCCGUCAAUGGGUGGGGUUGGCGGUUCUACGUUCAUGCGAUCAUGCCCGAGUCCUAUCUCCAGGAGCUAGGAUCAGAUCGUACGGUCUUGUCUCAACCUUCGAUCGCAAUGGUUAUGGCUCUGUUGGACUCGUCGCUCGUACCGCACAAUAGCAAUACCUUGACUCGGCUAACGGCAGCUCUGUCUCAGUGUGCCCAACUCAGUUCAUUGACCGUUGCCCAGAGGAUCUGGUCACUGAAGAAAAUGCAUCAGUAUCUAACCUCCAGGGAAGCCCCUCGUUCUCUCGAGCCAUCCGUAAACGAAAUCCUCACACCGUUGAUUCCGAUCAUUCUUCGGCAGUACGAAUACGAAGAACCGCAAGUCCGCACCGGACUCCAUCUGAUGCAUUCCGAGUACUUCAAAACGAUGGUAGCCCUGGCUUGCGAUAUGCAGCUUGACUCGAUGCUGCCCCAUGGUGAUGCCCAUAAAUGGGCUUGGUUCCGCCGCUACUGUUCGGCCGUCCGGGUUGCUCAAUCCCUGAUUCGUCGGGUGACUUUACCCGCAACCUUUACCCUCGAAGUUCGUAAGAAGCUCAUAGAGAUCGCUUCGCCAGCGACGAACCUGUCGCUUCCAAACACCGGAGCCAAUAGUCUCACCAGUAGCAACUGCUCGCUUAUCCAACAUACGAAUAGCGGCUCGAAUCUCAGUCAGCAUGCCUUUGAUCUGAUUGCCAGUUCCGCCCCGGGAAGCGAAAUCGAAUCGAUCGAUACUUCCAAGUAUCUUCAUGAAGAUCACAACUACUUCACACCGCAGUACGAUUCUCAGCUGCUACAGUGGUUUAAUCGAAGGCCGGAAGAUUGGGCGUUCUCCUGGGGAGGAGCUAGUACUAUUUUCGGCUGGGGUCAUAACCAUCGAGGUCAACUUGGGGGAUUGGAUGGAAGUCGAAUCAAGAUGCCGACUCCUUGUGAAGCGUUGAGCUUGCUGAGACCAAUCCAGAUCGCGGGUGGAGAGCAAACUCUGUACGCAGUUACGCCGGAUGGAAAGUUGUAUGCUACGGGGUACGGAGCUGGUGGACGACUGGGGAUUGGAGGAACAGACUCUGUGUCAGCUCCGACUUUGGUGGAGUCGUUGCAACAUGUGAUUAUCAAGAAGGUGGCGGUGAAUUCUGGAGGGAAACACUGCCUGGCGCUGUCUUCGGAUGGAGAGGUCUUCUCGUGGGGAGAAGGUGAAGACGGUAAACUGGGCCACGGAAACCGGGAUAGCUAUGACCGUCCGAAGUUGAUCGAGGCGCUAUCCGGAAUUGGGGUUAUAGAUAUUGCGUGUGGAAGUGCUCAUUCGGCGUGCAUAACGUCCCAGGGGCAUGUAUUGACCUGGGGCAAGGGUAGAUAUGGUCGGUUGGGCCAUGGAGAUUCGGAAGAUCAGUUGCAACCGAAACUGGUGGAGGCGCUGUUGGGCUAUCGAGCAAUUGAUAUCGCUUGUGGAUCGGGAGAUGCCCAGACGCUGUGUAUCACGGAUGAUGACAACGUGUGGAGUUGGGGAGAUGGAGACUACGGGAAACUGGGUAGAGGUGGAUCGGAUGGAUGCAAGGUCCCGAUGAAGAUCGAAAGCUUGGCAGGAUUGGGAGUAAUCAAGGUGGAGUGUGGUUCGCAGUUUUCCGUGGCGUUGACACGAUCGGGUAGUGUUUAUACAUGGGGAAAAGGAGACUACCAUCGUUUGGGUCAUGGAAAUACCGAUCACGUGCGUCGACCGAAAAAGGUUGCGGCUCUUCAAGGUAAGAAGAUCAUCUCGAUCGCCACGGGAUCACUGCAUUGCGUAGCUUGUAGUGAUUCAGGAGAAGUUUUCACCUGGGGUGAUAAUGAUGAAGGUCAGCUUGGAGACGGAACGGUAACAGCAAUUCAGCGCCCGAGACUUGUACAGUCGUUGCAGGGCAAGCACAUCGUAAAGGUUAUUUGCGGAUCCGCCCAUACACUAGCGUUGUCGACAUAUCAGUUGAGCGAAGCCGUCCGACCGCCGCCAUCCCCUCCGUUGGAGUAUGAUCUCGUGCGGGACAUCUCUCCGGAGGUCCUUCAUGCUCGACUUGUGCUGUUGCAUCAUUUCUCCGAACUGAUCUGCCCCUGCCUGGCGAUGCUUCCGAUUAGCGGGGAGCUUUCACUGGGUGCUCUGAAGGAUAUCCUAGUGUACUCGAUCAAGGAAGCUGGCUUCCGAAAGGUCAUACAAACGACCAUGGUACGUGACAAACCCCACGGACCGAUUAUCGAACUCAAUCGGAUACAGGUCAAACGAUCGCGGAUGCGAUCCGGUAAUGGGCUGGCAGGAGUCGACGGGAUGAAGAGCGUCUUCGGACAGAUGGUGCAGAAGCUUCCGCUGCUCACUCAGGAAGCUCUUUCGAUGCCUCAUCGGGUGUGGAAGGUGAAGUUUGUGGGUGAAAGUGUAGAUGAUUGUGGAGGCGGAUUUAGUGAAUCGAUCGCGGAAAUGUGCGACGAGCUGCAGAAUGGAAGCGUACCACUGUUGAUCCAGACUCCCAAUGGGCGUGGCGAAGCCGGUGCUAAUCGGGACUGCUUCCUGCUGGAUCCGACGCUGAACUCGGUGCUGCACAUGAACAUGUUUAGGUUCUUGGGUGUGCUUAUGGGAAUUGCUGUGCGAACAGGAUCACCGUUAAGUUUGAAUUUGGCCGAACCGGUUUGGAGACAGCUAUGCGGGGAGGAACUUCGUCCAUCCGAUCUAACCGAAGUUGAUCGCGACUACAUUACCGGGUUGUUGUACAUCCGAGAUAUAGAGGACGAUCCAAAGGUUUUUACUACUAUGGAGCUACCCUUCUCGACGCCGUCGGCCAAAGGACAUGAGGUUCCUCUGUCUACAAGAUUCACCAAAAUAACCCCGGAAAAUCGCAACGAGUAUGUCAAGCUGGCGCUAAAGUAUCGCAUCCACGAAUUCGACGAACAGGUCAAGGCCGUCAGGGACGGUAUGUCCAAGGUAAUCGCGGUACCCUUGCUUUCGCUGUUUUCCGCAUCUGAACUGCAAGCCAUGGUUUGCGGUUCGCCGGACAUUCCCCUAUGCUUACUGAAGACUGUUGCCACCUACAAGGGUGUGGAAUCUACGGCUCCUCUGGUGCAGUGGUUCUGGGAAGUGAUGGAGGAAUUCUCCAACCAGGAACGGUCGCUGUUUCUACGAUUCGUGUGGGGUCGAACGCGUCUACCGCGGACAAUUGCCGACUUCCGUGGGCGAGACUUUGUCUUGCAGGUAUUGGACAAGUACAAUCCGCCGGAUCACUUCCUUCCGGAGAGUUACACUUGCUUCUUCCUGCUCAAGAUGCCGAGGUACUCGUGUAAGGCUGUUCUCCAGGAAAAGCUGAAAUACGCCAUCUACUUCUGCAAGAGCAUCGACACAGACGAGUAUGCUCGAGUGGCAAUGGGUGACCCGACGGAAGCUACCGGUAGCGAAGACAACAGUGAAAUUGAAUCGAUUGCUUAAAUUACGAACAACUGAACUCGUGUGCCUCUGCGAGCUUAUACGACUGAUUACUUUACACAACAAUCCUACAGCAACCAAAAAGUAAAACACACGUAAAACCCGGUCGAAACGUUUUAGGAGCGAUUAUAAAAGACAUUCUCUACAGCACUCUUCGCCAUUCAGAUCUAUUAUAUACCAUUAGUACGAAACAGACAGAAGGCGAUGUACCAAAAAAAAACCCCGUGCGGCACGAAGUAUAUGUAUGAAAUGCAUUUAUCAAACCCAAAACCAAACCAAAAUCAUUGAAUAUGGCGACUUUACGCAAGAGUAAAACUGCACACAAACACAGAUAUUGAAAUAUUUCACCGCGAGUUUUUACACGACCUUAUAUAAUUUGUGUGCUAAUAAUGUUUCGGUUUUACAGAAUUUUCAUUUUUACAAAGAUACUUUGAAUUCAGCCUAAAAUUUUAGAAAUCUUAGAUAACCCUCUCAAGCAGAACUCUGAUAAAUACAUAAGCAACCAUUAUUGUAACAGAUUGCAUAGAGAUAUUUUAUUACAGUGUUAUAUACAGAAGAAACUGAGAAGAAAACCAACAGGAUAAAUUGUGAAAGAUAGGAAGACAGAUAACCCCCUUAUUUUAAGUCUGAACACGACUGACGGUGAAGCUGGAGCCAAGCUUUCGAGGACUGCUUGUAGCAUUUGACAUAAUUUCAUCUUAGAAAAAAUUACAUUGACGUGUAGGUGGGUUUUACAAAUGCGAUCGAAAUUCGUUACCAGUCAAAAUGUACUCGCCGAAACUUUCGAAGAGAUUUUGACACAAUGACAUUCGCCAUUUUGAAUAUAAAUAUCUCUAUCACUAUUUUCCCUGCUACGUGCAAUAUAAAACCAAAGUUUCGACGAAGAUAAGGAGAAAAUCCAGGGGGUAAGUCACUCUGCCACAUUGUGUCUGCUUAUUGUGGUUCAUGUGUGUUUUUAGGUAUAGGAAGGUGUUUCUGAAUGUUUCUUGGUAUCUUCCGAGCUGUCAAAACUUCAACUGAAAAAAUAUGCUUGACUAUAAUAAAACGCUGAAAAUGACGGAUCCACCAGCGACUCCUUCGCUGGUGUUUGCUUAAUGCAACAAAGUACAUCUGAUUCAAUACCGAAGAUAUUCGAGGAAAAUGUGGAAGGGGAACUAAAACAGCUAGUUCAAUCCAUCAAGAUGUGCAAAUUUCAGAUCUAAAAGGCAACGAAACACUACCGUUAACAACUAAAAGAAGCACGACCACAGAGGCGUGGUGAACUGAACCCGGUAGUGAUCUAGAAUUCUAAUCACCUUACUGUUGCUGUGACACUCCCAACCUACCAAAAUGGAUUCAUCGGAGCAUUCCGACAGGUGCUGACAGGUUUGGUGUGGUUCGAUACCGUUCUCGAGGCAGAAUUGUGCGAACUCGGCACUGGUGAACUGCGUACCGUUGUCGCUGACUAGCGUUUCUGGCAUACUAAGGCGAACGAAGAGACUUCGUAGGAUUCCGAUGGUUGCAGUGGCUGUUAUCGACUUGGUUCUGACGAUUUCCACCCAUUUCGAGUACGAAUCGACGCUAAGCAGGAAAUACUCUCCCUCGAUAGGCCCAGCGUAGUCGAUGUGGACGCGCUGCCAUGGAUACGUUGACUUGGGCCACGACAGCGGCGGUGCUUUGGGCGGACUCUUGGCUGCAACUGCGCAGUGAUGGCACGCUUUGACAUGCGCAGCGAUAUCCGAGUCGAUAGACGGCCAGUAAACGAAGCUGCGCGCAAUCGCUUUCAUGCGCUGGAUGCCCGGAUGACCACUAUGGAGGCAACGUAUCCGGGAAUCGGUCGGAAUCACUAAACGUUCGGCAAACAUCACGCACCCUUGAACCGUAGAUAGUGAAUCACUUCGGUUGAAGAAUAGCUGGAUCUCAUGGUCCGAAAUGGCCGUUUUUAACUGUGGCCAACCUUGCUGAACGAAGCGGUAAACCUUGCUAAGUACAGGGUCGGAACGGGUGGCGUGCUGUAUUGCCCUGAAACUGAGAGGAAGUGCGUUAACUGCAUCUAAUGCAAUGGAUCUUACAUCGUUCUCCGUGAUGAUGCUGGCUACGACGAAGUCUUCCUCUGGCUUGACGUGUUGAUCGAUCAACCGGGACAGGAUAUCGGCGUUUCCGAAUUUCGUCGUGUUUACGUAAACAAUGUUGAAGUCGUAGAGCACCAACUGUAAAGCCCAACGUUGUAGCCGGUUCGCCGUGUAGACUGGGAUGCCAUUUUUCGACCCGAAGAUCCGAAGAAGUGGAGCGUGAUCAGUUUGUAGUGUGAAGCUCCGACCAAACAGCAUCUUGUGGAACUUGGUCACGACCUCAAUCGACCCGUCUGGAAACUUGUGGCUAAUGGUCGCACCAACUCCAACCGAUGACGCAUCCGCUGCUACCACUAUCUCGCGUUGCGGGUUGUAGUGCGUCAGAAGCAAAUCUGAGGUGAGAAUCUGCUUGAAGGUGGAGAAGGCCUUGUCGCAUUCCACUGACCAGACGAACUUCUUGUCGGUUUUGAGAAGCUCAUCCAGCGGAUAUCGUAACGUACGCAUACUCGGGACGAUUUUCCCGUAGUAAUUGAUCGCUCCCAGAAACGAUCGAACUCCAGAAACGUCUGUCGGCGCUGACAUGUUGGAGAUAGAUUCAACUUUCGCUGGAUCCGGAUGCAAACCUUGCCCGUCGAUGAGGUGUCCCAGAUACUUGAUUUGACGCUGGCCAAACGAGCACUUUUCCGCAUUGAUGGUGAACUCCUGAAUUCGACGAAGGACGGCUUGAAGGUUGCGCCAAUGGUCUGCUUCGUCGACUCCGCCGACCAGAACAUCAUCGAGACACCCCGUAGUGCAGUUGAGUCCAGCGAGCAUUGUUUCCACAAGCUGCUGAAACGCUCCGGGUGCUGCCUUAACUCCCUGUGGAAGCAGAUUGUACCGAUAGAGACCUCGAUGUGUGUUGAUGGUGAGCAACUCUCGACAGCUUUCAUCCACCUCCACCUAUAAGAACGCAUCUGAAAGGUCGAUUUGACUGAAGACCUUGCAGUUCGCCAGCCUAGCGAAGAUGUCCUGCGGUAGAGGAAGUAGGUACUGAUGCGGCUGCAGAGCAUCGUUUAGGCCCGUGGAGUAGUCACCGCAGAUACGGAUUGCACCACUUGCUUUACGAACAACAACGAUUGGAGCUGCCCACUCCGAGAAAUCGACCGGUGUGAUGAUGUUGGCACGUUCCAGCCGGUCCAACUCCGCAUCGACGGUACUGCACAUGGCGUAAGCCACUGGUCUCUUCGGUCGAAACACUGGGGAUUUACAUUCCCUCAACGUGAACUUCACCUUGGCCUUCGAGCACAACCCUGGUUCAUCAUUGAACACCGCUGGAAAAGCUGCUUGGAGGGAGCUGAUCGAUGUUGGAUAGCUGCUGAUUUGAUUGCAGAACUGAUCCAUAGGCACCGACCGCACGUGUCGAUUAGGUCCAGUCCAAGCAAAUUGAGCUGCUGCUUGACCACGAAAAAUCGACCUUGAUGCUUCUCCCCUUUGAUUGCAACUUCACAUGAACACUGAAACUCCAGCUUCAAGGGUUUGCCCGAUGCAGUAGAGGCUUGAAUUGUUGCAGGACUUGCUGUGGGUUUUCCAAUAUGCCGCCAUGGUUGCUCGGAAAUGACGCUGAUAUCCGACGCAGUGUCGAGUUGAAGACUGAUCUCCUACCCUUCCGAACGUUCUUCACCUGCACACUUCUGGUUACCAUCGGCUUGGACGAGUACCGCUUGCCUGCAGAUUUCACCUUUUUUGCGCUUGAGCAAUACCCGUCUUUGUGGCCCACCUGACCACAUUCCUUACACCGAUUUUUGAGGAAGGGGCAGUCCUUGGAAUAGUGCAUGGCGCCACAGUUCCAACAAGGCGUUGCUGGAACGGCACCUAGCUGAUUCGGGGAUCUUGAACCUGGUGAUCCUCGUCCUGAGCGGGAAUGCUUCCCACCGAACUGCUUCCGCUUCAAUGCUUGCACUGCUGUCGACGAAGACGCUGCCUUUAUCAUCGCCAUGUCGUGCCUGAGGUUCAGAAGCCGUUGACAUUCGUCCGAAAUCUGCUCCAGCGUGAUGUCAUUCCGCUCCUCGAUUCUGCUCAGCAACCUGGUUCUGACCUCCGCAUCGCUUUCCGCUUUCUGCCCGCAUACGAACACGAGGCAUUUGAACUGGUCCUCCGAAAGCUUCCCAAGUUCGAAUUCGACACACAGUUUGUUCACCCGGCAGGCGAACGUUUUGUAGUCCUCAGUGACUUGCAAGCACCGGUACCGUCUGCUAAUCACAGACUCUGGCAUACCAAACAAACUUUUCAGUUUACUCACCGUGUCGUCGAACUUCACCUCGUUGGGGCUUUUCGGUAGGAUGUAACUGGUGUACCUCUCGUGCUCUGAAGGACCCAACUUCCGUAGCAGCUAUCUCACCUUGGCUUCAUCGUCGAGGCGAACGGCGUCUUUGGCGAAUAAAUCCUGAUAACGCACGUACCAUGCGAAAAACGUGACGUGUUGAUCCGGUUCGUACCGAAAUUCGCGGAUGUUACUCGCCAGCUAAUCGAGAAUUUGCUCAGGGUUCGUCGGCACUUGAAUGUUGAUAGCCGACAUCGCCGCCCGAAACAUCUGCUCCUGCUGUUUCAAAAACGCCUGUUGCUGCUGCAUCUGCAUUUGCAUCUGUUGCUGCAUCUGCUGUUGCAUUUGUUGUUGCAUUUGCUGUUGCAGCUGCUGCUGCAUUUGCUGAAAAAAAUGCAACAUCGCUGAAUCUAUCGAUGGAAUGUUUUGUUGUUGUUGUUGCUGCUGGUGGAGGUGAGGUGCUGCUGCUGGUGGAUCCUACUGCAGUCCAUUUCCCGGCACUGAUUGUUGCUGGGGUUCACUCCAAGGUGAAAACAUACUGUUGUCCGCAAUUCUUCUUCUCUUCCGUGACCGAAACACUUUCGCUUCGCUCACUCGCGUGAAAUGUUCUGGCACACAAACACAAAUACACUAGAUCUGUUAACGUGAAUAUACGGUCAAUUUCACCAACAUUUUUAGUAGACAUGGCGUGUAAUUCAGGUCAAAGUUACUACCGUCACGUAACAUUUGAGAUUUUCUAAAUACAGAUCAGUUACGUGAUAUUUCACGUAAAUCGGUCGUGAAGAUUUUUUAGAGUGUGGAGGUCGAUCAGCCACACACUACGAAGGUGCGGGAACGCAACAAACAAGCAAGCGCUGGAACUGGAUUUGAACCGGCACGAUAUCGCAGCAGAGGCAUACCUAGGAGCUCAUGGCAGCGAGCUUCAACAAGAAAAUAUUUUUUCGCAUAAUACGUUCACGGGACGAUUUUCUAGCCGCAGUCCAGUUGGGGAAUCUAACCUUGUUUGAAAAAUUACCUAACAUAAAAAUCAUAAAAUUAUUUAAAACCCUUCCGACGACUAUAUUACAGAAUCUGUUCAUGCGGUGAAGCAUUAAAAAAACUGUAUACUUCUUAUGCAAAUCAGUAAUAGAAUCUUGCAUUUCCCGGAUGGGUGUACGAGCUGUAAACGCCUUUAGAACAGAACCUAUAUUCCCCCUUCAAAGUCCAACGCAAGCUUUUGAUCCAAGUAGCCCUUUCGAUCGCAUUCAAAAAACCCAAACUAUCUACACGGCGAAUGAGACCGAAUGAGCGAUAAGUAAAUUUGCCUCAUGUUUUUCCACGUUUGACCAGGGAAAAAAAUCCCGGACAUGAGAAAAGUAAAGAUUGGAUUCACUCAGUCUAUUGGUCCUACUCCUAGAGUGAGUAAAAUUUUCGUCAAUUUUCCUCAGUUUUCCGGCAGAUCUCUGAGAUUUUCCACAGGAAAACAUGAGGCAAAUUUACUCAUCACUGAGUUCCUGCACUUUUAGCGAUUAUGAGCGAACUAAAUUCAAAUUUGGGUCGUUCUCAUUCGCCGUGUAGUCGCCGUAGUAGCUUCAUUUUCCACCUCCUAGGAAAUUAGAAAUACCGAAAAUAAACACCUAAAAACUGAAAACAAAACAAGGCCAAUUCCUCUCAAUCAACCUUCCUUCGUUUGUAUUGUGUUUAAAUACUUUUUUUCCAAGUAGAAAAAAAAAAGUUGAAACCUAGAAAUAACGGCAGCAAAUAAUCCAAUGAGAACCUAGAAAGGGAAACACUAACCCUAUAGAUCGUUGAAAUAAAAAAAAACACGCGACAUCGCAACAAAUAUGGCAAUUAAUCUCCCCAUAAAGCAUACAAAAAUCAAACAUCCCUACUCAACCUUAGCUGAUAUCAAGUUGAACAUUAAAAUUUAAUAUGAACAAAACAAUGUAGGCUGUACUGAUUCACAAAUUAAAUGAUGGAAAUGAUACGAUUUAACUUAUCAAAAUUAAAUCUAAAGUUAGGAUUGCUUGUCACCAGAAACACGUGUGCGAAAGUCAAGCAAAACAAAAAAAAAACAGCAACCUAGAAAACUAGAAAUUAGCCAGCGAGUUGAGCACACUCGAACUGGAACCUAACUGCCGAGUAGCGAUCAUCCAAGAAGUCGAGGAGGCGAUCAUUGCGUUUCCAUGUAGAUCAUAACACAGUAGCCCGUUAGAAGAGUACAUUCUGUAGAAUCAUGCAGCUCCGACAUCCGACGACAAAAUAAUGUUUCCUUGAUGAAAAAAAGCAGAGCUAGCAUACGAAAGAAGUACGGGGAGAUACAAAUAAGUGAGUUAUUUAUUUAGACCAACUAAUUUAUUAAACCACCUCACGGCGAGCCAUUUUUCUACUCACUCGACACUGAACACACGCGCCACUAAAUGCUACUACUGCAUAUCAUUCUCGCUUCGUUUUGAAGAUAGUAUCAUCGCAAAGCUAGUACCAUAACCGUUGUAGCAGCUUUAUUAGUCAACUAUUUGAGAGAAUCCGUCUCUGCGGCGUCGCGGCGCACCAGUAUUGUUCCUUUUUUUUAUGCCGACUGUGCAAGGGUGCAACAGCAACUACAACCUAAACCAACCAAUAUCUCCCUAUUAGCAGAUAUUUAGAGUGUAAACAGGGCAGACUAGUUGUUAAUAUUUGAAAAGGUUGAUAAUACCCAAUGUUGGGAGAAUUAGUGCGAGAAAAAUCCAAUUGAAAUCGAUGAAAGGCAAUGCAAAAUUUGCGAUUCUGCCUAAAGAACUGGAGAAUAGAGCUAGAAUCCGAUAAGGAGGUUUUUUUUUUUCCUAGGAAGAAAAAAAAAUACGAUAUAGUCUGUUUUUUCUUUAUUGUACAUUCGUCUGGUGAAUAACUUAUAGUUUGCAUAUGCGUGACAAGCCUCUGUGUAUUAUAUGUUUUAUACUCUGUGAUUCUUUUUUAUGUUUUUUUUUAUUACUUGUAAAAUGAACACGAAACAAAUGCUGAAUUAAACAAUCAUAUAUAUGUGACUUCAGAGAAAAUGUA